AUGGCGUGGCAACAAUCAGUGAACAAACCUGCAACUAAACCAGCUGCACCAAAACCCAAAUUCGAAACUAAUGAUGAUGAUUGGGAAACAGAUAUUGCUUAUGAAAAUUCAGCAACUGAAAAAUCACAACGCUAUGGUUCAGCAAGUGUACCUGGUUCUGGUCGAGUAGAUCAUGUUGAUUUUAAUUCUAUUCGAGAUAAAAUUAAAACAGCUGAUGAUACUACUAAAGAAACAUAUCAAGAAAAAAAUCCUAAUCGUGGUUAUGGAGGAAAAUAUGGUACAGAACAGUCUGCAGCAGAUUUUACCUACAAAGCUGAUAUAAAAAAACAUUCAUCACAAACAGGUUAG